UACAGUGAUCCGCCCUCAUCCUGCUCUGCUGGCCCUAUUGGCGAUGAUUUGUUCCACUGGCAAGCUACGAUCAUGGGUCCUGGCGACUCCCCAUACUCUGGCGGUGUUUUCUUCCUAGGGAUCCAUUUCCCUACGGACUACCCGUUCAAGGCCCCCAAGGUUAACUUUACGACUCGAAUCUAUCACCCCAAUAUCAACUCCAACGGUAGUAUCUGUCUGGAUAUUUUGAGAGACCAGUGGAGUCCGGCUCUUACGAUCUCGAAGGUUCUUCUGUCAAUCUGCUCGAUGCUCACAGACCCCAACCCCGACGACCCCUUGGUGCCGGAGAUUGCGCAUGUCUACAAGACAGACCGCGGUCGAUACGAUGCCACAGCCCGAGAAUGGACACGCAAAUACGCAAUUUGA